AUCCUUCCCAAUCUCCAUCACUCUCCCACCAAAAAUCCACAUCACACCUCAAAACAACAACAGCAACAACCACAACAAAAGGGUGGGAAGGAAGAGAGAGGAGAGAGAGAGAAAAAAAAAAAAAAACCCACCUUCCAUUUCUCAUCCCCAUCUCCACAACCCCAACCGCAACCAUGGCAGCCACCUUAUCCCUCCUCCUCUCUCCUCCCUCCCUCAAAUCCCACCAUGCCCUUAUCCUGCGCACCCCCUCCCGCCUUAACCUGCGCACCCCCAUGUCCAUCCGCGCCCUCUCCUCCCCUUCGCCCGCUGCCCUCACCCAAGACGACCUCAAGAAGCUCGCCGCCGACAAGGCGGUCGAGUACGUCCGCAGUGGUAUGGUCCUCGGGCUCGGCACCGGCUCCACCGCUGCAUUUGUUGUGGCGAAGAUCGGUGAGCUCCUCAGCUCGGGCCAGCUCCGCGACAUCGUCGGCGUCCCCACCUCGAAGCGCACUUACGAACAAGCUGCCUCCCUUGGUAUCCCACUCUCCGUCCUCGAUGACCACCCCCGCAUCGAUCUCGCCAUUGACGGCGCCGAUGAGGUCGACCCCUACCUCAACCUCGUCAAGGGCCGCGGCGGGGCACUCUUGAGGGAGAAGAUGGUGGAAGCUGCGUCUGCCGAGUUCGUUGUUGUUGUCGAUGAAACGAAGCUCGUGUCUGGUCUCGGUGGGAGUGGCCUUGCAAUGCCCGUCGAGGUUGUGCAGUUCUGCUGGAAGUACAACCAGACCAGGCUCCAGGAGCUGUUCAAGGCAGAAGGGUGUGACGCGAAGCUGAGGGUGGAUGGGGAUGGGAAGCCAUACGUGACUGACAAUUCCAACUACAUCGUUGAUCUCUACUUCAAGACGCCAAUCAAGGAUGCAGGGGCCGCUGGGAAGGAGAUAUCGGCAUUGGAAGGGGUGGUGGAACAUGGGCUGUUUCUCGACAUGGCUAGCGCCGUCAUCAUUGCGGGGAAGGAAGGAGUGAGUGUGAAGUCAAAGUGAGCUGCUUUGAGAGAUGGGCUGUCAUGUGAUGAGGGUCACUUUGAUACUAGGACCAAUGGAUCACUGACACAGUGGGGCACGUUCUGGAUCAUGUUAUUUUUCUCAAAAAAAUCAAAAUCUCACUCUCUUGAUGAACUGCAAAGAAAUUGGGCAUCUUUGGGGCUUUUUACUGGGAACUGGUAGAGUUGUUAAGGCUCCAGAUUUUGCUGUCUUCCAGCAUGAUAGUUUGCUUGGAUAGAUGCCCGAGGGAGGAGAUUGGUGGGAAGUUAGUAACCAUCCAGCGUCAUUUCAGGUAACAGCAAAUCUAAUCCAUCUCAAGCAUUUCACAUGCAAAUGAUCUUUUUGGUAGGGUUGGUCGGUGUAGUCGUUGUUUGGAGACAGGGACAGACACUCUCAGUGCAGGUUUUACUGGAAGACCACGCGUUUGUUAUUAAUGGCAGAGAUUUUCUGUUUGUGUGUUGAAUCUUGUCCCCUGUUUUGCAGUCUCUGCCUGAUCCUUUGCUGCCUCCAUUAAAAGAGGCAUUGGUACUGAGUACCCAUUAGGUAAUUGUUAGGAGUAUGUUAGCCUUGCUUGUAUAUGUACUUGAUGACUGAAAGUUUACUUUAGUUGACCCUUUUCCGCCUUUACA